AUGAAGUAUAUACAGAAGGCAUAUAACGAAGAUAGGACCAAACGAAGCAAGCAAGUUCAACUGCCAGAGGGAAACCGAACACUCAACACCAUCUCAUGUUCCGAAGCUACAAGACCCUCACUAACAACACAAAUAGGGAAAAGGUUAAGGAAACAAUUCGAAGAUUACUGUGAAUUAUACAAGAUCGAUGGGGUGGAAGUGGACGAACACGAGAAAUUGAUGAACGCGCCUAUGACCUUCGAUGCAGAAGACAUCGAGGAGGAUAUGGAAGAUCACAACGACCCCUUGGUCCUCACCUUACUAGUGGCAGGAUGCAACAUCAAGAAGAUCCUCAUUGAUGGAGGGAGUUCAGUUAACAUUCUAUUCUACGACACAUUCAAGCGAAUGGAGCUUAACGACGAACAACUGAUGUCUUCGUAUUAUACCAUCUACGGGUUCAACGGGGCACCUACCAAGACGUUAGGAGACAUUUUUUUGCAAGUAGACUCAGGACCAAUGAAAGUUGAUACCCGAUUCAGUGCAGUGGACGCUCCUUCCAACUAUAACGCCAUCAUUGGCCUAAGAUGGGUGCACAAGCUCAAAGGAGUGGCACCAACCUAUCACCAGUAUCUUAGAUUUCCGACACCCGAAGGAGUAAUGGAAAUAAAGGGAGAUCAUGUCACCGCUCGGGAAUGCCAGGAUCUACAAAAUCAACUCAAUAAUGAACAAGAUUAG